ACGCGUAUGUGUCAGGAAGUGGGGGAGCAACUGGGGCUUCAGUUGAGAAGAGAAAAAGCUCUCUGUGUCCUGACUCCUGGGCACUACAGGGAGGCACUGGCAGGGAGCUGAAGGGUGCUUCUUGCUAUGGGUUUGCUUGCGCGGAUACGCAAGGAAUGGUUUAUAAUCGGGAUUGUUGUGGCAAUCGCCUGCGCUAGACUAGAGCCAUCCGUCGGGGUGAAAGGAGGUCCUCUUCAUCCAGAGAUCACAGUGUCUUAUAUUGCUGUCUCAGCCAUCUUUCUGAACAGUGGUCUGUCACUGAAAACAGAGGAGUUAGCGUCAGCUCUGCUACAUGUGCGGUUGCACUUGUUUGUUCAGUGCUUCACCCUGAUCUUUUUCCCAUUAUGCAUCUGGGUACUGGUCCAUGUCCUGGAGCUCACAUCAAUGAACCAAUGGCUGCUGAGAGGGCUGCAGACAGUCGGGUGUAUGCCCCCACCAGUAUCCUCUGCUGUCAUCCUAACCAAAGCUGUUGGAGGAAAUGAGGCUGCUGCCAUCUUCAACUCUGCCUUUGGUAGUUUCUUGGGCAUCGUAGUGACACCUGCACUGCUGCUCCUGUUUCUGGGCUCGUCCUCUGCGGUGCCAUUUUCCUCCAUCUUCUCCCAGCUCUUCAUGACUGUCGUCGUUCCUCUGCUCAUUGGGCAGGUGUGUGUGCUGCGCUGGCUGAAGGAGUGGCUGGAGCGGGCCAGGCCUCCGUUUGGCGCUGUGAGCAGCGCUGUGCUCCUGCUCAUCAUCUACAGCACCUUCUGUGAGAGCUUCAGCCGGCCCAACACACAGAUUGACCACAUCAGCCUGCUGCUGCUCUGCUUCAUCGUGUUCUCGGUGCAGCUGAGUUUCAUGCUCCUGACGUUUGUCAUCACCUCCAGGCCAGCCUCGGGAUUCACUCCUGCUGACACUGUGGCCGUUAUCUUCUGUGCUACUCACAAAUCCCUCACACUGGGUAUCCCCAUGCUGAAGAUAGUGUUUGCGGGAGAUGAGAACCUGUCUCUGGUGUCGGUGCCACUGCUGGUCUACCACCCAGCUCAGAUCCUGCUAGGCAGCGUGCUGGUGCCCACCAUUAGAGCCUGGAUGAACAGCCGGCAGAAGGCUUUGAAGCUUACGAGCCUGCAGCCCAUCUGAUGUUCUUUGUGACCUCCCAAAGUGGAAGUGCCUUAAUGUCAUGGCGACACGCUGAAUAAGACAACUCUGAUGAUUCCGUGACUUUUUGUACUUGCAAGAAUGUAGUUUAUUUUUUUACUUGAGAUGAGCCAUUCCUUACACUACUGUUACACCAACAUACACAUCAGACUCUGUCUCGCACUUAGACAAAUGCUCUCUCUAUCUCUCUCUCUGUGUCCACAUAACCAUCUAGACUCCGUGUGGCAUGGUGUUACUGAAACCUCUAUCUAUCUUAUUCGUACAACACACGCUCUUACACACAUACACACUCACAUACAAUUACAAGGAUGUGAAGAAUGACAUUUUUACUGCCCUGUUUUUGGAGUAAAAUUUGUUAUGAACUCAGA